AUGCUACCAUAUCGAAAGACACAAGAUCCACUGUUCAAAUCACUUCCAGUAUCACGUAUAAACUCUUCAUUGAGACUAAACCAACUAUCAACCCCAAAUCAACCCGCGGCAGGUGUGACGUCAAUUCCCACUACUCCCCUAGCAGCACCUAGUUCCACCCAUGUUUCAUCACUCAACCCAAUCAGAAACCUCCCCAUAACGUCCGGCAAUGAAAAUAGUAAAAUAAGAACCAAAGAAGAAUUAGAUCGAUUUGAAAAAUUACCAAUUGUUGAAAAAGUCAAUGAAUUUGAAUCAUUAUUAAAUUCAAUCUCAAAUGAUAUAUCACAAUUCCGAGAUGAAGAAAUCGUUAAUAAAGUAAAACAAAUAAUUCAAGUGAAUGAUAUUUUAAAACUGAAGAUUGAGGAUCUAGAUAAACAUCGUCAAUAUAGUUAUCAAGCCGAAAAUCUAUCCCAACAAAACAAGACCCUUGAUGAAAAAUCAAAACAUAUCCUAAAAGAAUUAAUCAAAUAUCGUAAUGAACUUCGUGAAUUACCUAGAUUACCAACUACGAAAAAGUCCACGAUGUUGGAAACAACUGGAGAGAAUUGUGAGAUUGCUGAUAUUUUGAAAUAUGCCAUGAAAUUGGCGAAAUUCACAAAGGCUCCUGCUACUAUGGGGAAUAUGCCAUUUCAAAUUCAUCCUAAUAAUUAUAUAUGGCCUGCUGAGGAUGCAUUGAGGAGGGGGAUGUUGGCUAUGAGUUCCCUACAGGCAGAUGAAAUAAUUAAGAAUGAGUUGGGAGAUGAGGUAACCGAGGAGAGUGAAAAGCAAGAUGAGGAAAUAGAGAUGAAGCCAGAGCCGGAGGAGGAGCAAGCUAAGGCUGAAGAUAAUCAAGCUGAACCUGCAGUACGUUCUCGUAGAGGAUCAUAUGUUUAUGGAGAAGAGGUGCCGAAGAAGAAAGAAGAACAAACUACUGAUCUUAAUUUGGAUUUAUUCGAUCCCGACGAUGAAUAUUCAGAUUAA